AUGAAUUUGUUUUUACUUUGUGAUGUUUCCCAGGUGCGAGUUGCCAAAUCUUACAUCAGCUGUCCGAUCCCUGAGUGCAGCGGCUACCUGGACGAGGAAGUGGUGAUUUCCCAUUUAGCCAAUGAAGACGUGGCAAAAUACCGUUACUUCCUGGAGCUGAGUCAGCUGGACUCGAGCACCAAACCCUGCCCCCAGUGCAGUGAGUUCACCUCGCUAAAGAACCAGAACCACAGCCACUCCGAGCACAAGUACAAGAUCCUGUGUAGCAAUUGCCAGUUCGUGUGGUGCUUUAAGUGCCACGCGCCAUGGCACAACGGGGUCAAAUGUCGUGAGUACAGGAAAGGAGACAAGCUGCUUCGAAACUGGGCGAGUGUCAUAGAGCACGGACAGAGAAACGCCCAGAAAUGUCCGCAUUGCAAGAUCCACAUUCAGCGCACAGAGGGGUGUGAUCACAUGACGUGUACCCAGUGUAACACUAACUUCUGCUACCGCUGUGGGGAGCGCUACCGGCACCUAAGGUUUUUUGGGGACCAUACAUCUAACCUCAGCGUGUUUGGAUGCAAGUAUCGCUAUCUACCUGACAGACCUCAUCUGAGGCGGCUAAUUAGAGGGUCGGUCUGUGGCACUAAGGUGCUGAUAGCUCCUGUGGUCACUCUGCUGGUCGUGGUGCUCGGAGCUUUCGCACUGGUGAUAGGUAACACAAUUACACACAUGAACACACACAUGCACAUAAAUCAGUGGGAAAGCUCCAGAGAGAAAAGAAAAAAGAUAGCAGCUAAAUGGUUUCUAUUAAAGAAGAUUAUAGGAACAGUAGCAAAGGACCUAAGAUUGUAA